CAUGCCUGCGGUCUCACUCUAUUCGCGCAUCCGUUUGCCUGGCGCUCCAUCUAUAUUACUUUAGAAUGUUUGCUCGCUAUGAUUCGUGAUCUUCGGAGUGUAUUUACAGUAUAUGUACUGGCCGAUAUCGUAUAAUACAUUUUUUAUAAUAUUUCGAAUUUCCACAUUUCUUUUUUUAAAGAAUCCAAUUUUAAAUUUUUUUGCAGUUCUUAAUCGCUACUAAUUUAUACAAUUUCUAACAAGAAAUAAAUCUCUCAACCUACACCAUCUACACUAGAUUUUUCUCGAAUCGGGUGCAGAAAUGGUUAUUUGUUGAUGUUUACUGGCGAAGAUAUAAAUUUAGCUUAUUCCAAAUAUCGAUGCCCACAGCACGUGAAUUUGAUGGAACACAUGUAAACGUUGGUCACGUAAUUUUUGUACAGUUAAAUAAAUACGGAGUAUUCUUCGUAGUAUAGUCACCGGCUAAACGCAGCGAUGUCUCAUACAAUAUUGCUGGUUCAGCCAGGCAAUAGACCUAAAACACGGACAUAUUCUGAUUAUGAAAGUAUUAAUGAAUGUAUGGAAGGGGUGUGCAAGAUUUAUGAGGAACAUUUAAAGAGGCGGAACCCAGAUACUCCAACUAUCACGUAUGACGUCGGUCAAUUAUUUGAUUUUAUUGAUCAACUUACAGAUUUAUCAUGUCUUGUCUAUCAAAAAUCUACAAAUACGUACGCUCCAUAUAACAAAGAUUGGAUUAAAGAAAAGAUAUAUGUUUUACUACGGGACAUAGUGGGUAACUAAGAGACAAAGAUAGAUGUAUGUUAUGUGUAUAAGACAAAUUAACUUUAAGUAAAGGUCUAUAUUGCCAUUUGUAAUAAUAAAUAUAUAAUUGAAAGGCA